CUCAUAUGCAAUGUACCCCUCCAUACCGCACAUUCAACACCUCACGAUACCGUUGUUCAAAUUGUAAGCAAAUGAUCGAAAAUAACCUAGCCAUGGAACAACGCCGUCCGCCCGAGUAUAUUAUUGAAGUCUUCGCGGAUCCCUCGUCGGUGAAGGAUGUUGUCAGAGGAAUUUUACAUACGAUCUUUUUUCACAGAUUCUUUCCUUCUAUUCGGCCAAAGUCGAGAGAUAUCCUGGAUUUAACGCUACCAUUUGUGGAUGAUGUUGAGCUAGAGACCUUGAUUGAUCAAAGGACAGCAACGCUUGUAAGACAACUAGACACGAGCUCUGAUCAAGGUGCAAGAAAUACUGGCGUGAGAGGCUUGAUGGCAGUUCAGUUUUUCGAAAAGAAGCGGCGGAAGGCUUGGGGGUUUAUGAAGGGCGAGGAGGAAGUAUGUUGGGAGCAAUGGACGCUGGACGUGACGCUCGCAACUCCGAGGACGGAGAGCGAGAGAGCUAAGGUUCGAAAAGCUAUGGAGGCGAUGUUGCUGAAAGCUGCUAUGAAGAUCGUUACGACGGUAAACAGGGAGAAGGAUCACAUUCCCCCAAUAACGACCAGCGAAGCAAACCCGUUUCCCUACCAGAUUGUGAUUAACCCCAAAGACAAUAGUUGGGGGGCACGGAUGGGAAUAUUUUGAAAUGUUAAAAAAACCAUGCCCGAUUGUACAUACGGGAAUGGGGUUAUAGGAGUCUGGGAGUUUGACAUAGAUGGAUUUGGACACAGAUACCCGAAUAAAAUGGCACAAUGAGGC